AUGGGGCACAAAUAAAUAGGAAGAACCCGCAGCUCACUGCUACUUGGAGGCUCCCGAAGGAGGCUGCCUGUCGCCCAAGCACAGAGGCACAGAGGAUGCAGUCUAAGAGNGAAGAAUCACCAGCCCUGUAACAUGAGUGUGGCCCAACCUACAGCCAAGCAUCAACACAGAACCCCAGGACAAUGAGGANACUACCCUGCCCAUAGCUUCCUGUGCAGCCACCAAAGUGACAAAUGCACCAGCAAAUGGCACUCACCUGGGGGCUGUGCUACAUGGCCCUGGUGGCUCUCUGCUGGGNACACGGGGUGACAGAGGCAGAAGAAACUGUCCCUCUGAAGACUCUGCAGUGCUACAACGACUACACCAACCACAUCAUCUGCAGCUGGGCAGACACGGAGGAUGCUCAGGGGCUAAUCAACAUCACCCUCUAUCACCAGCUAGAGAAGAAUCAACCCGUGUCCUGUGUGCUUAGUGAGGAGCUCAUGUGGUCAGAGUGCCCCUCAUCCCACCGCUGUGUGCCCAGAAGAUGUGUCAUCCCCUAUACACGAUUUUCCAUCACAAACGAAGAUUACUACUCCUUCCGGCCAGAUCGUGAUCUGGGCAUACAGCUCAUGGUCCCACUGGCCCAGCAUGUGCAACCACCACCUCCCAAGGACAUCCGCAUCAGCCCCUCUGGGGAUCAUUUCCUGAUGGAGUGGAAUGUGACCCUUGGAGAUGCCCAGGUCUCCUGGCUUUCAUCAAAGGACAUAGAGUUUGAGGUGGCUUAUAAGAGACUUCAGGACUCCUGGGAGGAUGCCUCCACCCUCCAUACUACCAACUUUCAGGUGACUUUAGAGCCAAAGCUGUUCCUACCCAACAUUAUCUAUGCGGCCCGUGUGCGCACUCGACUGUCCCCAGGUUCAAGCUUGUCUGGGAGACCCAGCAGAUGGAGCCCAGAGGUUCACUGGGACUCCCAGCCAGGGGACAAGGCCCAGCCACAGAACCUUCAGUGCUUCUUUGAUGGGAUCCAGUCUCUCCACUGCUCCUGGGAGGUGUGGACCCAGGCGACUGGCUCUGUUUCCUUUGGGCUCUUCUNUCGCCCCAGCCCUGCAGCUCCGGAGGAGAAAUGCUCUCCGGUGGUGAAGGAGCUGCAGGCCAGCGUCUACACCCGCUACCGCUGCAGUCUACCUGUGCCUGACCCCAGUGCACACAGCCAGUACACAGUCUCUGUUAAGCCCCUGGAACAAGGGAAGGUCAUCAUGAACUAUAACCACAUCCAGAUGGAGCCUCCAACCCUCAACCUGACCAAGAACAGAGACAGCUUCAGCCUGCAUUGGGACACUCAGAAGAUGGCUUACUCAUUCAUUGAGCACACAUUUCAGGUCCAGUACAAGAAGAAGUCAGACAGCUGGGAGGACAGCAAGACAGAGAACCUAGAUCGAGCCCAUAGCAUGGACCUGCCCCAGCUGGAGCCAGACACCUCAUACUGCGCCAGGGUGAGGGUCAGGCCCAUCUCUAACUACGAUGGGAUCUGGAGCGAGUGGAGCGAUGAGUGCACUUGGACGACUGAGUGGGUGAUGCCCACGCUGUGGAUAGUCCUCAUCCUGGUCUUUCUCAUCCUCACCUUGAUCCUGGCCCUCCGCGUUGGCUGUGUCUAUGGGUACAGGACAUACAGGACAUGGAAGGAGAAGAUUCCCAACCCCAGCAAGAGCCUCCUGUUCCAGGAUGGAGGUAAGGGACUCAGGCUUCCUGGCAGCAUGGCAGCCGUCACCACCAAGAACCCCAAAUCCCAGGGGCCACAGAGCAGCCUUUUCGCUGAGCAACAGGGGGUGUCAUAUACACAUUUGGAGGACAAUGACCUGUCACCUCUCACCAUAGAGGACCCUAACAUGAUUCUAGAUCCACCAUCUGGGCUUGAUACAACCCCAGCUGCCUCAUCCGAACCCACGGAGCAACUUCCCAAUGUUCAAGUACACGCACCAACUCCUUCUGGCAGACCUAGGAAGCAAUUACCCAGCUUUGACUUUAAUGGGCCCUACCUGGGGCCUCCCCAAACCCACUCCCUGCCUGACCUCCCAGACCAGGUGGGUUCCCCCCAGGUGGGUGGGAGCCUGAAGCCAGCACUGCCAGGCUCCUUGGAGUACAUGUGUCUGCCCCCUGGAGGACAAGUCCAACUGGUCCCAUUGUCCCAGGUGAUGGGACAGGGCCAGGUUGUGGAUGUGCAGUGUGGGUCCAGCCUGGAGACCACAGGGAGCCCUUCUGUGGAACCAAAGGAGAGCCCUCCAGUUGAGCUGAGUGUGGAGGAACAGGAGCCAAGGGACAACCCAGUGACUCUGCCCAUAAGCUCUGGGGGCCCUGAGGACAUUAUGGUAGCCUCUGAUUAUGUCACUCCUGGAGAUCUGGUGCUCACUCUGCCCACAGGGCCCCUGUCUACCUCUCUGGGCCCCUCUCUAGGGUUGCCCUCAGCCCAAAGCCCCAGUCUCUGUCUUAAGCUGCCCAGGGUCCCCUCUGGAAGCCCAGCUCUUGGGUUACCUGAGUUUGAGGACUAUGUGGAGCUGCCUCCAAGUGUGAGCCAGGCUGCCAAGUCCCCUCCAGGCCAUCCUGCUCUUCCUGUGGCAGGCAGCCCCACAGUGAGCCCAGGAGAGCCCAGGGAGGAAGUGGGCCCUGCAUCCCCACACCCCGAAGGCCUCCUUGUCCUUCAGCAGGUUGGGGACUACUGCUUCCUCCCUGGCCUGGGACCUGGCUCCCUCUCACCACACAGUAAGCCACCCUCCCCAGGCCUGUGCUCUGAGACUGAGGACCUAGACCAGGACUUGUCUGUGAAAAAGUUUCCCUAUCAACCCAUGCCCCAGGUGCCAGCCAUUCAGUUUUUCAAGUCCCUAAAGCAGCAGGACUACCUGUCCCUGCCCCCUUGGGACAAUAGCCAGCCUGGGAAGGUGUGCUGAGUCUGCCCCCUUCCAGUCUCACCAGCAGCCUGCCACCUCAGCCUGUGGUCCUCAGCCAGAGCAUCCCCACAGAAGCCUCACUGAGUCCACACUCUUCCUCACUCCCAGCCCUGACACAGCAAUACCCCACCUGUGCUUUUCUCCUCCCCUCUCUCCCUCUUCCCCUCCCUCCAUGUCCCCGCUCUCUCCAGUUUCCUGCCUUCUAUGGGAUCUUCCUUCCGGUUCCUCUGAACUUUUGGAGUGGGGAUGAGGGCUGUGAGGGUGAGCCCUGUGUGGUCUGUUUAGGGUGUAAGAACUGCUGAGUUCGCCUUGUCUAUUGUAGGCAUUGAUUACACAUCCUCGUGAAAGGUGGGAGGUUCAGGUGAGCCCCUUGCGAGGUCAGAGUAUAAAAUCGGGCAGGCUCUUGUGGCUACAGAAUAGACAUGGGCCUCUAUGUUUGUCUGAAGCUCCUGGGGAGACCUGGGUAACCUUGUAGAGGGUACUUGGGACCCUCCUUGUGUACAGAAAUCACUGAUGUGGACGAAGCUGGACACAGCUAUGGCCAGUCUGGAGGGACUUGGGAGGU